AUGUUAUUACUUUUUUGCCAUAACAGAAAAUAAUUAGUACUUUACAGGAGAAAAAAUCUAAGAAAGUGGAAUGAUGCCUUUGUUUGGACCAAGUAUUAAAUACUAGAUGGCAGCUUUCAGCAGCUUUUAGGGAAGUGAUUUCAGGAUGGAGGCAUUGCUGGAAAGAAUGCAAACCCAAGGACAGAGCAGCAGGAGCUUCCUGACUUCGUGUGAGGCAGAGCUGCAAGAGUUGAUGAAGCAAAUAGAUAUCAUGGUGGCUCACAAGAAAACUGAAUGGGAAACUCAAACUCAGGCUUUGGAGUCUUGUUUAGAUAUCCGAGAGCAGGAGCUGUCCUCCCUCAAAAAUGCAUCAGAGGAGAAACGCAAAGAGAUUGAGAGAUUAUGCCAGAGAUUAGAAGAGAUGGAACAACUGAAUCGUGAGAUGACUAUAGAAUAUGAACGUCAGUUAACAAAAGUGCAAGAUGAGCUAGCUAGGCUGAAGAGAAGUUAUGAAAAAUUGCUGAAGAAACAGUUGAAAGGAACUAGGCAAUCUUCCAAGAGCCAAGAGGAGGAUCAGUCUGAAAUAAGCAUCAUGACCAAGAAAUUAGAGGAGUUCCACCAAAAGUCUUUAGAUUGGGAGAAGCAGCGCCUGCAGUACCAGCAGCAAGUUACUUCAUUGGAAACACAGAGGAAGGCUUUGGUUGAGAAGUCUGAGCUAGUUCAGACUCAACUGUGCAGCCGGAAGCAAAUGUUUGAGUCUGUGGAGCUGGCAAGCCAAUCUGAAAUCCAUCAUUUAGCCAGCAAGUUGGAAAGAGCCAAUGACACUAUUUGUGCCAAUGAAUUGGAACUGGAGAGGCUGAAUAUAAAAGUAGAUGAUUUGACUGAAACUAACAAGAAGGUUCUGGAAGAACAGCAAAAGCUUCUACAUGAGCUGAAACUUUCCCGGAACUCCCUGGAGGUUCUCCAUGAUGAAAAGAUGGAACUCAAGGCCACUCUGCUGUCUCAGGAGGACUUCAUCAUGAAUUUACAGAUUUAUCAUGAACAAUUACAGAAGGAGCUGUCCAAGCUAACUGAGACUCUGCAUGUGAAAGAAACUCUUAUCAGGCAGCUGCAGAAGACUGUAGGAGCCAAAGGAAACUACUAUGAUGGAACAGAGUUAGAGGAGCAUUUACACCAGCAGUUUGAUUGCGUUGAAGUGAUUCAUCUUGAGGGCAGUUUGGGAUCCCCAGAUGGAAAGUGCAUCCAGCCAUCUGAAGAGCAAAUGGAGAAGUUACAGGAACUUUGGCUAACUGAAAAGCAGCUUUGCCAAGCCAAGGCUGAGAUAAAAAAACUGAAGGAAGAGCUGUUCCACAAGGAGCAAAGUCAUAGCAGAGAAGUGGAACUAAUGAGGCUGGAGGUUAUACAACUAACACGGGAACUGCAUCAACGUGACAUCACAAUUGCUUCUUCCAUGGGUUCUACUUUAAGCUUGGAGCAACAGCUAAAAAUAGAGAUUGAAAAAGUGGAGCAAAAGGCAAUAGAGCAUAAGGCUAUCCUGUCUCAGUUGGAAGCUCUCAGACAAGAAAAUCACCAUCUGUCAGAAAAGCUGCAGAAGGCAAAAAGUACUUCCUUUGCAGAAUUCCAGGAAAGUUAUAACAAGGUUUUAAAUAAAGUGGAACUUCAGAAUAAGCAACUACAGAAAGAAUUAGCAGAAACUAGAGCCAGCUUGAAACCUUCAUCUUGGGUUUCUCAGAGCAAAUAUGAUAAUACUGUGCAGCAACUGCAGCAUCAGGUGACUGACAUAACAAAUGCAGAGAACAGUAGAAUGCAAGAAUUACAGCACAAGCAUGAGGAAGAAAUGAAAGCACUUCAGGCUAAAUUUGACAGGACUGUUCAACAUUAUGAGGAGGAACUCCAGAGAGUAAAAUAUUUUCCAUCCAGAACACUUCCUGUUUCUAGUACAGCUGCUGGACUACCUCAGCUCAAUAGAAUAAACAGUGUGGAAUCUUUGCCUUAUGAACCUCUUGAGAGAUCAGAUCGUUUGGCUCGUGAAAACACAGAAUUUUCUUACAAGGUAUCAAGAGAGUGUGAGAAGGAUUUUUUACCUUUGAGCCCCCUGCCUACUACAAAUGUAGAUGUGAUUGCUGCAAAGUUCCUGGAAGAAGAAGAAGAAAGAUCCCAUCAUAUUUUGGAAUGCUUAGAUGCACAUAUUGAAGAAUUGAAAAAGGAAAGUGAAAGGACAGUACAACAUUUUACACAGCAAAAGUGACUUUAUUUCAGGAUCUGUGGACUGAAGACCUUCUUCAUUUAUGCUCCUUUCUUUAGAGGACAAGACACAGCUACUGCCCUCAGGAAGUAGGUUUCUCUGCUUCUUUGUCUUAGGCUAUUCAGUGGCAGUGAAAUCAAGGAAAUGAAAUUUGUCUGUAGCAAAACAUUUUGUCUGAUCACAGUUAUUGCGCUACUACAGAAAACAUUUCUAACUGGCCUAUAGCGUUCUGCUUCCCUAAAGUAAAGAGUGUGCUUCAGGAGGGGAUGAUGUUGCUAUUCUAAGGAGAGCAUUUAAACAUUUUAUGCGUACGUGUGCAGAAAUAAAAUGACGUAGAUACUA